AAUAAAACCUCCUAUAUUUUAUUUGUCCGCCGUCUUUUUUCUGCUGCACAAAACCCUCUACAUGAAAAAACCUUUAAACCACCAUUUUUAACAAAAAAAGAUCGUUUUUUUCUUUUGAUUUCCCCAUUUUUUGUUGAUUCAAGCAAAACCCAUUUUCACCUUUUUGAUAAUGGAAUCAUUGAAGAACCCAUCAAUCCCAGAAAUGCUUUCGUUCUUAGAAAAAAAAUACUCAAUUCAAGAGAAAGAUUUGAUUUUUAGGCAAGAAAAAUUCGAGAUUGAGAUUGAAAAUGUGAAGAAAAAAUUGGAGGAAGAAAAAAGGGGGAUUGAAGGAAGGUGUAAGACGAUAAUGGAGCAGUAUAAGGAGGAAAAUCAGGUGUUAUACAACAGGAUUGACGAGUUAAAGAUGGAGAAAAGUCGAGUUGAGGGUAAAUUAAGAGAUUGUCAUGUGAAACUCAUUGAAUUGAAUGGUAGAGUUUCUUGUUUGAAGGAAGAAAUGAGGAAAAUUAAUGAGGAGCAGUUAAACUCAGCUAAAAAUGGCAAAUCAAGAAAUGAAGAGCCUCUUCCAAUCAACUUGGAUUCGGAAAGUGGAGAUCCUACAAGAAGUCCAUCGGCAUGUCAAGCAAUAUUCUGCUUUAAGGAUAACUUGAAUGCGGUCUCUGACAAACCGGAACAUUUGCCUGUUGUUAUGAUUAGUGAUGAUGAAAUGGACAGAAACGAACUGGCUUCUGAUUCAAACCCUUGUGGUUUGUGUGGGAGUUUAGCAUGUUGUCAAAAGAAAAAGGAAGUGCAUGUUCAAGACUCCUCUAAUUCGAACAAAAAGAGAAAAAGAAGCAUGGAUGAAGGUGAAAAUAGAGAUGGUUCUUCUUGCAAAAUCGAACGUGUUGUUCCAUCUCCAGGGAAAAACUCAGUAUUCAUAAGACCAUGUGAAGACAAAGUUGGAUUUAAAUGCCACUCUGAACUUCCUCUUAGAAUAUCUGACAAGCCUUAUCAGUCUGGUGAUGGCAAUGAAGUUAGAAAAUGGUUGUCUGAAGAAAAUCUUUGUACAGCAUUUGUGGAAGAUCCUGAACUUUGUUUGAACGCAGUAUGUGCCCUGUAUCGUCAACAAAUUUCUGAAAACAAAUCCUCAUAUUACAUGAGUCAGACUGACGAAUAUAGUAUUACUGCUUUAGGCAAUUAUCUGAUUGAUGGGGAUCCCGAAAACAAGCUCAAAAGAACAAUGUCUGAGGUACGUCUGGAAGAACAAGCAAAAUGCAGGACAUUAGCUAUUCGAUACUGCCCCCAACUAUAUCAGACAUACCAUAGCAAGAAAGACCGUCUGUUCUGCCCUGGUACUGGUAUUGUCUGAGCUCUAGUUGACGCAAAAGUUGUCGUUUUGCUAGAGAGAUUUUUUUUAGAAAGAUUCUCCAAUGCUCAAAAAAGGGAUUGAGCUGUUGCACCAGCCUCGAAGUUCGCUAAGCUCCUGGUGCUUGUUUUUCAUCAUUUGGACUUCAAUGUAGCAUGUUGAUUAUGAACAACAGAUGGCUAUAUUUAUUUAUAGAAUUGUUGACAGUUUUAGCUUUUAUAGUUUCAUGAUUGUAGAACAUAUGGAGGCUUUGAUGUGCUUGUUUUGUUGGAAUAUU